AGAUCUCAUUUUCUUUCCAAAUUGUUCAGCAAAAGAAGUUUUAGCAAUGGCUAGUGAAGAAGAAAGAUUAGAAAAUACCCAGAUGGACGAAGUUGCACGUAAUGAUGUUCAAGAGAAGGUGCUGGUUAGGGGUGAUCUGAAGGAGGAAUGUGCUCAAAAAUCAGAGAAUGUUAUUGAUGGGGAACAGGGAAAUGGUGAUUUGAAGGGAAGAGGUGAGGAUGUUAAUAAUGAAGCUAAAACAGAAUUACAAGGAAAUGAAGUGAGGAUGGAUGGCAAGGAGGAAAAUGGUGGAUUAGAGAAUCCAAAGGGUGUAGAGGAAUGUGGUGAUGACAAGAAAAAGGAAGAGAGGCAACCUGAUGAGGAGAUCAGGAAUGAAGCUCAAAGAGAAUUAGGCAAAGAAGAAAUUGUUAAGGCUGUCAAAGAGAAAGGUGAACCGAAGAAGAUUAAUGAGGACAUAGAAAAUGGUGAAUCUAAGAUUAAGAAUAGAGGUGAUCAAGAAAGUGGUGGAACAAAGAAAGAUAAGAUGGGUGAUGGGAUUGAUGAGUCAAAGAAACAUGACUCAAAGAAGGAUGAAGGUGAAAAGGAUGACGCUUUGUCAUGACCAUCCAAGGUCACUGAAACGCUGCUCAAGUUAAGGACCAAUUUUCCCAAUUUCUUGCAGAAUAAGCGGGAAAAUGACCCUGACUUCUCCCCAGGGGACACUGCAACAGAAGCUAUUGUCAAGGAAGGAACAACAGAAUCAAUUAAGCUCAGUGCACCAGAGGUAAGCUGGAAGUCAUAUAGUUUGGGACCUGAUCGUGCUAGGGUGGGGUUAGGGUGGGAAGCGAACUACAAGGAAGAAUUUGCUCCGGAAAAUGAAGGGUCAUAUACCAUCGUUGUUCAGAAGGAAAAAAGAAUAGGAGCUCAGGAAGGAUCUAUUCAAAACUUGUUCAAGAACAACGAACCUGGAAAGGUUGUGAUCUCGAUUGAGAAUUCACCAUUCAAGAAGAGGAGGGUUUUUUACCGAUACAAGAUCAGGAGACCUUGAAUGCAUGCAUCACCUCAACGGAAUUUUUUUUUUUUUUUUAAUGCAACCAUAUGAUGUUGAGUAUUCUGUAGUUUUAUGAUGUUAUUUUGUGGUGAUAUGAUGAUAUCUAUAAACAACAUGGAAUAUU